AUGCAAUAUCAAAUAAUAUUUUGUGCAAUCAUAAUUAGUACGGCAAACUGCCAUUUAAGAUUGGGAGCAACAAGAAACAAGAGGGAUGUAGUGGGUGCUUUGGAUAUAGUCACAAACGACGUGCAGCCUAUACAUGCUGAAGUGAAGCAAGAAAGAAAUGACAAUACGAAGCCAUGCCCAACAAAUCCAAUUGUUCCGUCCAUGAUUGAAUCAGGAACAGUUUUUCAGGUGAUACCACCAAGUAAUGUUCUCCACAUUCAAGGCUCUUUGAGGAAGUCUUUACCCAUAACAGACACAAUAGAUCUCGUAAGAAGCAUCAGCAGAGGCAUCACAUUCUUCGUACUUAUUAUUUAUGCUGUAAUUGAAUUCUUUCCUGGCAUGCAGCAUUUGAUUUCAAUUAUUUGGAGUUACUUGUACGCGCAGUGA